UGAAACUGGCUCUUAGAGGCUAUACGUAUAUUCAUCCCAUGUACGACACGGCAUCCAGACCGAAAACGUCGUGGCAGGGGAAAGAGAGGAAAACAGAAUAAAAACGCAUCAGCUGACGUCACACGCAGCUCAACUGGAAUUAUUAUCACUGAUCGACAAGACUGAUCUGGAAGGCGAAAACACCAGCGAUCCGGGAAUCCGAAGUCGAGGGCUAGCGCAACGAUCCGAACAGUGACACGUGCGGCGGAUCUCGAAGGCGUGAGAGACGUCGAAAUAAAAUAAAUAUGUAUUCAUAAGACUAGAUUUUUUCACGUGUGUGCCGAUUAUUCAGCCUCGCAUUGACGCUUCUUCGGUGAAUCCACGAGGAACAAAGACUCUUAAGAGAGAGCCUGUUGCAUAGCAUUAUUUCUCGCCCGGCGCUUAACAAUUACACACAUUAACCUCCACCAAUCAAGCAAUUAACCGAAACAACUCGUCGCGAAUCGUCAAAUCGAUCAGCAAAUAGCACUCUACCAGCGCUCAGCGGACGGACGACAGUGAGUGACGAACAGAAAGAGAAGAGAAAAUAACAAAAGCAAAAUAAUAAGAAAUAAUAAUAAUAAAAAAAAAACAGCCAACCGUGAUCAAUAAAGCAGAAAAAAAAACUGAAAGCAAACAAGGAGAGAGAUUUAUUCAUCGACGUGACUUGACGCUGUGCCCAACAGGUGACGCGUGCAGUGUGCGUGUGUGUGUGACGCCGCCCCUCGUGUGCAGCCAUGGCGACCCGAGAGAUUAACAUCCGGAUACCCAUACCCAACUUCAGCGCCAUCUGUUGCUGGACGGCGGAGAAGACAGAAUCCAUGGCGGCCAUUAGGAAAAAGCUAGUAAUUGUAGGUGAUGGUGCCUGUGGUAAAACAUGUCUCCUCAUAGUAUUCUCCAAAGACCAAUUCCCUGAGGUCUACGUGCCCACAGUAUUUGAGAAUUAUGUAGCAGAUAUUGAAGUUGAUGGAAAACAGGUUGAACUAGCGUUAUGGGACACAGCAGGUCAGGAGGACUACGACAGAUUGAGGCCACUGUCCUACCCCGACACAGAUGUCAUACUCAUGUGUUUCUCUAUUGAUUCCCCGGAUUCGUUAGAAAAUAUUCCAGAAAAAUGGACGCCUGAAGUUAAACACUUCUGUCCAAAUGUUCCUAUUAUCCUUGUUGGAAACAAAAAGGAUCUAAGGAAUGACGCUCCAACUAUUAAAGAACUAUUGAAAAUGAAGCAGGAGCCGGUAAAGCCUGAAGAAGGUCGUAACAUGGCUGAGAAGAUAAAUGCAUUUGCUUAUUUUAGUGUCGCAAACCCAAAGGGGGUUCGGGUUUCGACAGAACAAGGUUUACUGUCAGAAAAGAAGGUAAGUACCUUUUAA